AUGGGAAGACCAUACAGUGCUCCAACUGAUAUAGGAAAGCAGAGAGUUGAAGAUGAGAAAAAGCAUAGUGGGGGAGGUACUAUCGCUUAUGUCAAGUGCUUCAAGUGUGGCGAGUUCAACCACCAUGCUAAUGAGUGCAAGGAUAGUGUCCUGAGUACUAAUUGUCAGAAGUCGAAGAAGGCACAGUCUGAAGGAAAGGUCUUUGCUUUGACUGGGACAAAGACUGCUAUUGCUGGUCGUUUGAUUCAAGAUACCUGUUUUAUAAAUGAUAUCCCACUGAUUUCUAUUAUUGACACAAGUGCAACACAUUUGUUUGUUGCACUUGAUUGUGCUGAGAGGUUGGGUUUGAAAUUGUCUUAUAUGGAUGGGAAUAUGAUUGUAUGUCUACCUUUGAGGAAUCUAUAUGCUAUCCUUGGAAUGAACUGGUUGGAGUUCAUCCAUGUUCAUAUCAACUAUUUCGACAAGACAAUGUCACUUCUAGAGUUUGAUGCAACUGAUGAGUUAUUCAUGUCGGCCAAGAAAGUGGAUGAGUUGUGA